AUGCCACCCUCGACAGCGACCACGGGCAACCAUGAUACUCCACCGCUUGCACUGACACCAGCCAUGAUGGGGAGGCUGAAGCCUGCCAAAAUCUUCAAGAAUGCCGUCGAGCAGCAGCCCCCUUCGCCCGGGAAUCAGUCCGGGAGACCUCAGAAUACGGUUACGAGACACAUCACGGGCAUCAGCUUUGACGACAGAGGAGACCAGGUGGUCACGGCGUCCGAGGACGAAACAUUCCGUCUGCAAAUCAAGACACUUCACUCAAAGAAAUAUGGUGUCGACCUGCCGCGUUUCACGCACAAAAACACAGCCAUCGUGCACGCCUCUACGAAGGAGGACGAUACUGUUCGCUACCACUCCCUACACGAUAACAAGUACCUGCAGUACUUCAAGGGCCACAAAGCUCGCGUCGUUUCCUUGGAGGUCUCUCCCAUCGACGAUGGAUUCAUGUCCGGCUCCAUGGACAAAACGGUGCGGCUCUGGGACCUACGCUCGCCAACGUGCCGGGGUCUCUUAAACCUACCUGCUUCGCCGAUCGUUGCCUACGAUGCGUCGGGGCUCGUUUUUGCUGUUGCCGUCAACCGCUACCAGCGUAUAUUACUCUACGACCAGGCGAACUUUGACAAGGCGCCAUUCCUCGUGAUCACGCUCGAUGACCCAACGCUCGCGCUCAUCAGCUUCCCUCCUCGCGCCAUCUACAUGACUUCGCUGACCUUCUCCUCGAAUGGGAAAUACUUGCUCGUCGGCUGCUCCGGCGACGCGCAUUACAUCGUGGAUGCCUUCGAGGGCCACCUCCUGGCGAAGCUCGAAGGGCACGUUGGACUGGAGCGCAGAAGGCUGGGCACGCCGAUUGGGAUUGAACCGCAACGAGGUAUCAGCGGAGAAGAAGUGUCUUGGACGCCGGACAGCAGGUUCGUUAUUAGCGGGAGCCUAGAUGGCAAGGUCGUUUUGUGGGACGUCCAGAAGCUGCCGGAGAAACAGGGAGACGUUGACCCGAAAUCCCCGCCAUUGCGCCUGCAGCCUCUGGUGAACCUGGAAGGACAUCCGGGACCAUCAAGGUGUGCGCGAUUCAACCCCCGCUUCGCUAUGAUGGUCACAGCCGGCGCCGAACUUGCAUUCUGGCUGCCAGACCAAUCCGGUGACCCAGACGAUAUCGCCAAAGAACUGCUGAAGAAGAGAGCAGGUCCGGGGAAAUUGACUGCGCUCGAUUCGAACUCGAUCAGGGGAGGACGUGGCAAACUUGGCGCGUCCGCGUCAGAGGUCGUGCAGCACUUCUCCUCUCCUCCAUCCCUCGACGCGUUCGCUGGCAAGAUGCGUCUCCAGACUUUGCUUGGUUCUCUCCUUGGCUUUGUGGCACUGCUGGCGGCGGCAGAGUCGACGGAGCCUGUCGUCUUGGCCAUUGCUUCGUUCCCCGAAGAUAAUGCUUUCGGACAGAUCGUGAACGGGGAACGUAACAAGAUAUUCCUGACCAUCGAGAACCACUCAGAUCAGAAUAUUACUAUCAAGAACAUUGCUGGCUCAUUCUACAAUCCAGACACGAAUGCGCUUGUGAAGAACACUAGCGCGUUGGCGUACGAUGUCCUUCUACUCGAGGGUGCCAAGAUGCAGCUCCCCUAUACGUUCUAUAGCGAGUUCAAACCCGGCGACCUCAAGCUCAACAUUUGGCUUGACCAUGUCGCGGAUGGUGAAACCUACCGGGUGACCGCGUAUGAUUCGGUCGUCACCGUCGUGGAGCCAGAGGCGUCAUGGCUUGACUUCAAGAUGCUGUCAACCUACCUUGUUGUUUCUGUGCUGCUUGGUGGGCUAGGUUACUAUACGUACCUCACGUUCGUCCCCCAGCCCAAGAAGCGCAAAACCCGCGCCACCACCACUGUCAGUGCCCCUGUGGGCACAGUGACUGCGACAGGUGCAGGUGGAUACCAGGAGGAGUGGAUCCCGGAGCACCACCUUAAGAAGUCAAAGGUUCGAAAGACGAAGUCUGGUGUAGCAACGAGUGGCGACGAGACGAGCGGGACAGAGAUGAGUGGUGCAGAGAGUAGGAAGGGCAAGGGAAGGAAGUAGGCACUCAAUUGGGACGCCAAAACGACACGCUGUCUAGGGACAGGUUGCAUCACCUCUUU